UCAUAUCCUUGCCGUCUAUAAUGGGCUCAACGAAGCUCCAAACAAUUCAUAUCGAUCGUUUGUACGACUAGUAUGUCUUCUGACGAGCAGUGGUCCCAUUCCUAUGAUAAUUUGAUCGUACAAGGUAUAACCUAUGGUAAAACUAAAGACCACAUUGUUUGGUGCACGACUCCCUCCAGACUCGAACCACUUUGAAGUAGCAAACUCGAUAGUUGUAUCAUAACAUUGAUAUGAAAUUUAAUUCAGUAACAAGCACCUGUGAAUGUUGUAAACGAACUGCGACGUUGUGAACAGCUCUUUAAUCGCGCAACAUUUCAGAAUGAAUUUUACAAUGAUAUUGUUCAUGAAUGAUAGCAAAUAACGUGAAACAUGUGCGGGGAUGUGCGCAGAAUUCGCUACAUUUAAAAUGUCAAAUUUUGUAAACAAACUAGUGCAUUGGCAGAUUCUUCAUAAGAAAUAAGGAAAUUAAGCAGUAAAUUUGAGAAUAAAGUCAUUUUGGUUCGAAAAUUCGAAUCGCACCUUACCUAGUGCUCAUAUACCUGUGUGUUCAGCGGUUGCCAUAGCUAUUACAAACAACCGAGAACAUUAUUUCACAACUUAUAAGGAAUGUGUGCUGUACUUGUGACUAAAGCUUCCUGUGUAUUACAUUCAGAACAUUCAACAGUGUCUUUUAACUACAAAAUUAAGAAAAUAUUUUGAUGCUUCGAUGCUUGAGUGUAAAACUUUUGGUUUCAAUAUUUUUUCACUGAAUACAUUUCGUUGUUAAUUCAAAAUUGAUAAUUUUGUUUGUAAGUUCGUUUACAUAAUUGAAAACUGGUAUCGUUACGAUACGAUUGAACAAUUUAUUAUCGCAUCAAUAAUCAUCACUGUGAUGACUAAGCCAGCAAAUGUGUGACAGUCGUUCGAAAUGCAGCGAAAAGUAUCUGAAAAUUCCAGUUUAAUGGACUGCGACUGGAUACCGAACCUGUUGCUGGCAACAAACAAUUUUAACGGACAAACUUUGAUUGAAUGGAAUGCGGUGGAGUCAAGAACCGAUUUUGGCUUUAUGUCGUCAAUUUAUGUGGCCCAAAUGAUUACAAGCGAUGGUGAAAUUGAAUAUCGUCACGAUCUGAUCAUCAAGGUGAUGAAGGGCAGCGAAGAAUUUAGACAGUACUCCCAGUCGUAUGUGCAAUUCCAAAAUGAAAUCUUUUUCUACGACAAAUUGUUCCCACAUUUCCACGCGUAUCUCCUCAACAAAGCUAGUGUUAUCAACCUAAAUCAUUGGUUGCCGAAGACUUAUUUGAGCAUCAGACAGAUCGACGAAACAGUUCUGGUGCAAGAAAAUAUACAAAAAAUUGGUUUCGACGUAGAACAAACUCUGUACCUGACCGAAGAUCAUCUAAAUCUAAUGAUUGAAUGCCUUGCACAAUUUCAUGCCGUUUCACUUGCUCAGAAAAUUGAAAAUGAAAAAGAAUUUUUACAUCUGUUGGACGACAUUCAGCCGCUCUGUUUUGAACAACCGAAUUGUUUGCCAAGUUUGUACGAUGUUUUGCAUGAAAUAUCCACCACCAGACUGUUCGAUUUCGUAUUCGGCCACGGUGGUCACGAUGAUAAAUUUCUUCAGGAUAUGCAUCGGCUGAAAGAAGUCAUCGGCGAUAAGCCUGUAAAAUUGUUGGAUCGCUUCCGGGAAAUCGAUGAUUUUGCGGUUAUCGUUCAUGGAGACUAUCAUCGGAAUAAUGUUCUGUUCAAGAAAGUUAACAAUAAUUGUGUGGCUGAUAUGAAAAUGAUCGACUUUCAGCAAAUACGGUACGGUAGCCCGUGCUUAGAUUUAUCAUUCUUUAUGUACCUCAACGUAAGUGCCGAUUUACGAGAUUCCUCAUGGGACAAAAUGCUCCAGAAGUAUCAUCAGCAACUUGUUAAGCAUGUAGCCGGGAUACUCCAUAUUUCUACCAAUGAUCCUACGCUUACUUGUUACAGUUAUGAUAAGUUUCUUCAACAUUACCGACGAUACUUCCUAUACGGAGCUUUAAUUUCGGCCAGCUUCACACCCUGGCUACUAACAAACAAAUCGGAAACGGAAAAGGUUGUCAGUUUGUUUCAAACGGAUAUGUUCGAUCAAAAAUACCGUCAAUUUGCGCUUGUUGUCGGUGGAGAGGCAGCGAAUAAACGAGUUUUGGACAAUAUGAUUCAUGCGAGUAGACAGGGAUACAUGGAAAUGCUAUACGAUUGUUGAGAGCUGUUUAAAGUGACAAUCUUUGAUUUAUCCAUUUUAUGGUUCCAUUGAUAUUGAAUAAAUAAAAAUCUAUUGCGUGU